AUGGAGAUGCACCGCCUGCCUUCCCUCUCGUCGCCUCACGGUCUCACUCGAUUCUCCUCCCUCGCACCGUUCUCGCCGUUCCACGCUUUCUCCGCCACUCGCGCGCCCGUUUUUCCUCACGCGCGUUUCCCCGUGAUCUCCCGCUCCACUCCGCACGCGUCCUUGCGCGAACUGAGCACCCUGUGCCAAGCACCCGUUGCGCAGCCCGCUCCUUCUCCCGACGGCUUCCGAUCGUGCAUCCGCGCGCGCGCUUCCCCCGGCGCUCUUUUCCGCUGCACCCCCUCAGCAAGCGGAGGCUGGCGCCGGUGGCGGUCGGAUGCGCGCGCGCCCCGACACCAGGCGGAGGCCUGCCCGGAUGGGGCAAGGGGGAUCGCGGAAGGGUUGGCGUGUGGCGCCCAUGAUGGACUGGACGAACUGCCACUACCGGCAGCUCUUUCUCGAGGCACCUCAAAAUCAUACAUAGACUACUCUCCCCACCAUCGUCCCUCUCUGCUCCCACCUCUCUCCAUAUCCCCUCCCUACCAGCGUGGCGCCCAUGAUGGACUGGACGAACUGCCACUACCGGCAAGUUUCUACAUAGACCCCUCUCCCCAUGCCGUCGCCCCUGCCCUUCUUCCCCCUGGCAGCGUGGCGCCCAUGAUGGACUGGACGGACUGCCACUACCGGCAGCUGGCGCGGCUGAUGAGUGCACACACAUGGCUGUACACGGAAAUGGUUGUUGACAACACGCUGCUGCACCAGCAGCCCCACCUGGACCGCUUCCUGCUCUCCCCAGCCACCCAACGCCCUCUUGUGCUGCAGCUAGGCGGCAGCAACCCUCCCUCGCUCGCAGAGGCCACGCGCCUGGCGCUGCCAUAUGCAUACGAUGAGAUCAACCUCAACUGCGGCUGUCCCAGCCCUGCCGUGUCAGGCCAUGGCUGUUUUGGUGCGCGCCUCAUGCUCUCACCCAAGGUGGUGGCGGGCAUAUGUGCGGCGAUGGGGGAGGUAGCGGGGCCAGCAGGCGUGCCAGUGACAGUGAAGUGCCGCAUAGGCGUGGACGACUGUGACUCGUACGAGCAGCUGCAUGAGUUUAUAUCGACGGUGUCGUCGCUCUCCCCCGUGCGUCACUUCAUCAUCCACGCGCGCAAGGCGCUGCUCAAAGGCCUCUCGCCCGCACAGAACCGCACCGUGCCGCCCCUCAAAUACGAGUAUGUAUUUGCGCUGCUCCGUGACUUCCCUUCCCUCUCUUUCACUCUCAACGGCGGCGUCACUUCCCUUGAACAGGCCAGUGAGCUGCUUGCCAAGGGCGUGCAUGGAGUCAUGAUCGGCCGGGCUGCCUACAACACCCCAUGGCACAUCCUCUCCACUGCCGACACGACCAUCUUUGGGGCUCCCAUCAACCCUUUGGAGUCCAGGCGAGAGCUGCUGCAUCUAUACGCGCAGUACGCCGACUCAGCAGUGAACCAGUUUGGCCCGGGAAGGCCCAACGUGCGCACACUAGUCAAGCCUCUGCUAGGUCUCUUCCACUGUGAGGCAGGGGCGGGCAAGUGGAGGAGACUCAUUGACACUGAAAUCAGACAGGCCAAGACUGUGGAGCAGCUCCUCUCUCUCACCCUGCAUGCUUUCCCUCCACACGUCCUCGACGCCCCCCCUUCCUCCUUCCUCUCACCCCCUCACACACCCCCUUGCACUUCCCGACCGACAUUACCGUCUGCUCUCUCUGCGGGUGGUUGA